AUGCCUACGGUCCAGCCGCCCUCGCAACAGGCGCCCAUGGAGGCCUCCGUCGACGCCGCGAGACCCGGAGCGCCCGCCGUCAUCAUCACGCAGCAGCUGCGCGCUGAGCCGGCCCCUGACGUCGAGAAGGAGGUCGCGCUGCGUGGAGGCCGCCUCACGCUCGGCUUCAGCUGCUGCCAUGGGCACUGCUCGUUCCACAAGGGGUGCUGCUGA